AGCCUGUUUCAGGCGCGCCGGAAACCCCCUUCUGAGGGACGUGAAAGUCUUCUCCGGGUCAGAUUCUCUGCGGGGCGGGACCCGGUGUUUCCUGGUUUGGCAGGCGGAUUUGCAUUUUGGCGGGCGCGGAGUCUGUCGGGGUGGUGAGCAGCCGGAGCUGGGGCAUGGACAGCCGCCUGCAGGAGAUCCGCGAGCGGCAGAAGUUGCGGCGGCAGCUCCUAGCUCAGCAGUUGGGAGCAGAAAGUGCGGAUAGCAUUGGUGCUGUGUUAAAUAGCAAAGAUGAACAGAGGGAGAUUGCUGAAGCCAGAGAAACCUGCAGGGCUUCCUAUGAUACGUCUGCCCCAAACUCAAAACGGAAGUGUCUGGAUGAGGGAGAGACUGAUGAAGACAAAGUAGAAGAAUAUAAGGAUGAACUGGAAAUGCAACAGGAGGAAGAAAAUUUGCCAUAUGAAGAAGAGAUUUACAAGGAUUCCAGUACCUUUCUUAAGGGAACGCAGAGCUUAAAUCCCCAUAAUGAUUACUGCCAACAUUUUGUAGACACUGGACAUAGACCUCAGAAUUUCAUCAGGGAUGUAGGUUUAGCUGACAGAUUUGAAGAAUACCCUAAACUUAGGGAACUCAUCAGACUAAAGGAUGAGUUAAUAGCUAAGUCAAAUACUCCUCCUAUGUACUUACAGGCAGACAUAGAAGCCUUUGACAUCAGGGAAUUGACACCCAAAUUUGAUGUGAUUCUUCUGGAGCCUCCUCUGGAAGAAUACUAUAGAGAGACCGGCAUCACUGCGAAUGAAAAGUGCUGGACCUGGGAUGAUAUUAUGAAGUUAGAAAUCGAUGAGAUUGCAGCACCUCGGUCAUUUAUAUUUCUCUGGUGCGGUUCUGGGGAAGGCUUGGACCUUGGGAGAGUAUGUCUGCGAAAGUGGGGUUACAGAAGAUGUGAAGAUAUUUGUUGGAUUAAAACCAAUAAAAACAAUCCUGGAAAGACAAAGACUCUAGAUCCAAAGGCAGUUUUCCAGAGAACAAAGGAGCAUUGCCUCAUGGGGAUCAAAGGAACCGUGAAGCGAAGCACAGACGGGGACUUCAUUCAUGCUAAUGUUGACAUUGACUUAAUUAUCACAGAAGAACCUGAGAUUGGCAAUAUUGAAAAACCAGUAGAAAUUUUUCAUAUAAUAGAGCAUUUUUGCCUUGGUAGAAGACGUCUUCAUCUCUUUGGGAGAGAUAGCACUAUCAGGCCAGGCUGGCUCACAGUUGGACCAACGCUUACAAACAGUAACUACAAUGCAGAAACGUAUGCAUCGUAUUUCAGUGCCCCCAACUCAUACUUGACUGGAUGUACAGAGGAAAUCGAGAGGCUUCGACCGAAGUCACCUCCUCCCAAAUCCAAGUCUGACCGUGGGGGUGGAGCUCCCAGAGGUGGAGGGAGGGGGGGGACAUCUGCUGGCCGUGGUCGUGAAAGAAAUCGGUCCAAUUUCCGAGGAGAAAGAGGUGGCUUUAGGGGGGGUCGUGGAGGCACACACAGAGGUGGCUUUACACCUCGGUAGCUCUUAUACUUAGCAUGUCCCCUCUGAUCUUUACCACAGUGGAGACUUGCAUCAGAGCUCACUCCCAGCUUGCACUUUGCUUUAGUUUCUCAUGCUGCCAGAAAGAUCUUAGCCACCCCACCCCCACCCCAGGUCCUUGCAGUUGUCACAGACUGUAGUUUUGCUCAGGGUAGGUGAGUCACGUGUAUGCAACACUUGGACACUGACUUGACUGAUUUCAGUCAAGGCUUUGGCUUCUUGGAAAUAGGUGCACAGUGGCUUCGGCAUCUCAGAGGAGUAUGGCAGGAGUGGGUGCUGUAUUCCCUUGUCAUGGCUGCCACGGCAAUAGGGGGCUGGGAACCCUGGUGGAACAGAAUUAGAGAGGUGGUCACUCUGUGUUCGGCCUUUAAUGUUUUCUUGUUGAAACAUUAAAAAGAGAAGAGUUUUCCCCUUUACUUUUAAAUUCUAAAAAAAUAACAUGAAGUAUCAUUUUAGGACUGAAAACUGAGAGGCGAAAUGAAAUCACUUUCUUCCAGAUCUGAAUCUGAGGUGGUUAGAGUCCUCAGGGCAGGUAAUGGAAGAGGCAGGCAGAGCGUGGGAGAUUUCAAAACAAAACCAAAGCUUAUCAUAAUGUAAAUUAGCGGCUUUAGAUGACUCAUGACCAUGCUUCUUCAGAAGCAAGACAAGGCAGGCGUGUCUCCAGGUCGGAGGCUGUGGUGUGAACUUGAACUUGGGCUGACCUAAGACAAUUCAUAUUUCUUAGCAAAGGCAAAAACAGAUUUCCUGGGGGGGGGGGCUGGUUUAAGUGGCUGAGAAAAUAAAUGCUUGAUGAUGAGGAAAUGACAGACAUCUUUAAAGUUGUUACUAAAGAAAAUUUAAGAAAAAGCAAUUACAGAAAGCCCUUAAGGAUACCGCUUGGAAGAGGAACUGCAGUUGCCUUUGAUUAGAACAGUGUGCAGAAGUCUCCACAGGGCUGAUGGGCAGAUCUCUUGGCUGUGGAAAGCUUCAUGCUGUUGCCUCUGUACACCUUAAGCCCUGUUUGAUGGAUUUGAAUAUGCCAGAUGAGAUAAUGCCGUUAUUGUUCUUGGUAACUCCUUUUUUAUUUUGCUAUAACUUUUCUAAUAAAAAUUUAAACCUUUGAA